CUGAUACAGAUGGGUGUCAUAUUCACACUAUGACGUAUAGAGGACGUCAAGUUCAUUCAUGUUUGUUGUAUUUCGGCGCCUAAAAGUUUGAUUGAUCAUAUUUUACUAAAUAAAUCUAUUAUUAUGCAAUAAUCAACAAAAACAUCUAUAAUGGAAGAAGAAAAACUCAUCCGAAGAAAGAAGAAAGCUUUGAACAGCAGCAACAGACGUGCUUUAGCGGAAGCUUAUCAUGAUUUGGCGUCGUUUUAUUACAAACACAACCGUUAUAGUGAUGCUCUCGACGAGUAUAAGAGUGAAGCGUCGAUUUACAAAGAUUUGGGUCUACGUUUGGAAUGGGGCACCAGUAACCGCAUGAUCGGAGAGAUGUAUAUGUUGCUAGCGGAGUUUGACAAAGCUCUGAAGUAUGAGGAGCGACAUUUAGCUGUAGCAAAAGAGUUAAAGAACUUAGUAGAAGAACAGAGAGCUAUGGCAACACUAGGCAGAAUAUAUUUGCUACAAGGACAGAGUACUAUAGAAGAGAGUGAAUCUAAAGUAUCUUUGAGAGCGGCUGAAAAAGCUUUCAUGAAGAGUCUUGUGUUGUGUGAGAAUUUAAACGGCAAAAUAAACAAACAUGAACUAAUGGAUAUGAGAGCCCGAUUGCUCCUAAACAUAGGUGUAGUGCAGGAACACUUAGGUAACCUAGACAAAGCCCUAGACUGCAUCAACAAAGCCAUAUCAAUAUGCUCUAGCCAAGACUUGUAUGAAGUACUUCACAAUUGUUACACUACUGAAGCUUUGUUACAUUGUAAUAAGAAGAAGGAUUAUGCCAAAGCAUUAAGCUGCUUGAAUAAGGCUUUGGAAGUUGCUAGCAGGCUUGAAGAUAAGGUAUUGAAGACAUGUGAGACUCUAUCAUCGAAAGCAGACAUCCUAUGCAAGAUGUCUGACUAUCAGAGUGCUAAGCAGGUGUUACUUAAGGCUUGGAAGCUGAAGACUCCUGAUGAAGAGGAACAUGAGAACAUUGAAUCGAAUCUUAGAGUUGUGGCAGCAAUGUGCUAUACAGAAGACCUCCUAGUAUCAACGGAUCCAUCAGAUCAUACCACCUUCAAAAAGCACUAUGAAAAGUUAGGAGACGGAGCCUGUCAUCUGAAGAACUAUGCGGGCGCAGUGGAGUACUAUUUGAAGAUGUUGGACCAUGCUGAGCUGGCUGGCGACUGCGGGAAGACUUUGAUACCGAUUUAUGUGAGCCUUUACCAAACAUACAAAGACAUGGGUUUAUACAACGAAGCACUGGAUUUCUACGAGAAAGAAUAUGAAUUGAUCAAAGAUGUGCCGAAAGAAGCAUUCACGACUAUGUAUAACAUCGCCGAGACUUUAUUCUUGGCUAAGAAGCCGUAUGGACAGAUUGAGAAGGCUUGUUUAGAAGCUCGGAGGGCUGCUCAAGAAUGGAACAAGCGAAAAUAUGAAAUCAGAGUUCUAAAAAGCUUAUUAAAAUAUCAAGAAGAAUACGGUGAGAUUGACAAAAUGGAGCAGAUUAAGGACGAAUUGAGAGCCCUAGGGUAUGAUAACUUGGACAACUUGGAGAAUUCUGAAGAUGAGCAGAGUUCCGCUGGCGGUGGCGAUGAGGAUAUACGUAUUGGGGAUGAUAUAUGCUUAGAUGACUUAACUGAUUUGUCAGAUACAAACGACGAAGAAGUGACUGAAACAAAACGCGAGACACGUAAGCGAGGCAAAGGCUUCACGAUCAAGAAGAAUAUGAAGGGAGAAACGCAGUUACAUGUCGCAUCCAUCUCUGGCAACAAGCUACUAGUGGAACGCUUAAUAGCUCAAGGCCACCCAGUGAAUAUAAGGGACAAUGCAGGCUGGCUGCCUCUGCACGAGGCCUGCAUACAUGGACAUAUUGAAGUGGUUAACAUACUUAUCAAUAACGGUGCCAAUGUGAAUGAUAGGGGUGGGGCUAAUUGUGAUGGAAUUACACCACUAUACGACGCAGCAAGCAACGGCCAUUUAAACGUAGUACAACUACUACUAGAAAAAGGCGCAAUACCUACUCUAAAGACAGACUUCGGCGAAACACCAUUACACGUCCUACAAAAAUGGCGAACAGGCACCAUAUUGACGAGAGACGAAGAAACACUAUACAAUAACAUAUGCAAUAAAAUACAAAACUCAAUAGACAAAACAAAUUCUACAGAACUAUUUAACAGAUCUAAAUCUAGGACUCCAGUCAAACCUGUAAAGGAUGUCACACCACCUAGCACAUCUAAAAUGAAGAGUAGAAUCAAUGAACUAGACACACCAGUGUUUAAACGAAGAAACAUAAUUGACGAUGAUAGUGAUGAUGAUUUAGAUCUAUCGCAGAACGUAAGAAACGAAGCUGCGUUCCCAUCUGACGAUUCUAACUCUUCUGAUGAUAGCAAAGUUAAAGAUAAGAAGAAGUCCACAGGUGUUAAAGAAUACAGAAGCGCUAUAGAAGCUCUAAGAAAUAGAAGUAUCAAUGAUGCUCCAGAAGUAGAUACAAAGAAAUCUAAAGUCAAACCAGCGUUACUAGACCCAGAAGAAGUUGACGAUGAUUGGCUAGAUGAUGACUUAGGAAUCAAUAAAAACAAUAAGAAAAGAAAACUAACUGACCCGUUAACAACGGUAGCUAAAAAACCUUCAUACGAAAGCAUUAAAGAUAAAAUAGAAGAUUUAAAUAAGAUCACAGAACCUCUAGUUGACAAUAAUAGAUUAAGUGCUAAAAAGAAAUCUAGAAUCAGUGAUGUGGUUGAUGUAAGUGAGAACAGUUCUGACUCAGAUAGUUUUAGGAACGAGAAUGUUAGGCCUAAAGUGACUGCGACGCAAGCUAUGAGAAAUAUUGCUAAGGAACUUAAUGAGACUAGGUCCAGGGAUAGUAGGGACAAUAUGAAACGUAGGUGGAAACGACAGAGCACGUUAUUAAAAGCAGGCUUUCAAAGACAGAGAGAGGAUGACGCAAGCAACAGUGGAAGUGAUACAGAAUAUUCUAGAAGAGACACGAACAAAAGACUGACUCCUACAGGGACGUUUACUCGAAAAUCUUCGGGAGAAAAUUUCGCUUUUAAUUCCAAUGACGGUUUUAAUAUAAUGCAGAGUAUGAAUCCUAGUAUUGUUAAGCCAAUGAAUGUGAUACAACCUAUAAAUAUCGUGCAGUCGACUAAGAACGGUCGGCCCGUACAGACGCAGAUCUUGCCGCCGGCCGCGGUCAAAGUACAGGUAGAAGAUAAGGUGCUGCUUAUAUCAUUGAAGUUGGAUACUAUUAAUAAGUUGACAAUCAGCUGGCUGGUUGAAGAAGUCAAGUCUAGAUAUUAUAAAUUAACAGGCGUCCGUCCCGUGUUCAGUUUGAUGACGUCAGAUGGUGCUAUCUUGUCAGAGGAGGAUCCAUUGAGCUUAGUGUUGUCUUCUCCCGAACUAAAGACGUGUAUCACAAACUGGAAGGCUUCACCGGCUGAAGAACGGUACCUUGAGUGCUGUGACGCUUUGAGUAUACCCCCCUCAGAAGAAAUCCAACAAGCAGUCGGCCGCAGUCACACAACGCGACGACUAGCAUUAGGAGCAAGAACGUUAUCCUCAUCACAAAUACGACCUUUAUUCAGGGCUCUAACCCAUCAGACACAUAUCACAGCAAUCAUGAUAUCAGACAAUAACAUAGGGGACGCGGGCGUCAAAUAUCUAACAGAAUGCAUGUGCACCAUGAAACAAUUAACUCAUUUAGACUUAACAAGAAACAACAUCACAGACGAAGGAACCAAAUAUCUACUUAACAUGUUCGAAAGGACAAACAGACCCGCUUGCACAACCCUAGAAGAACUCGAUAUAAGUGCCAACCCUAUAUCAGAUAUUGGCUUCAGAAAUAUAGCGAAAAUAACUCAGUAUAUUAGACUAAAAACGUUAAAAUUAAAUUAUUGUAGUAUAACAGAAAAUGCUAUAAACGAUUCGAUUAAAUCAAGUAUGAAUUUCGAUUGUUUGGAAUCGAUUGAUUUGAGCAAUAAUGAUGUGAAACAGGGUGUUGUUAGUUGUAUAGUGACGUCAUUGAAUCCAAAUGUUUUGGUUGAUUUGGAGUUGGAUAAUGUUGGCGUGGAAGCUAAUAUUGUGGGCUGUAUAGCAAGUUUCUUAGAUUCUGCUAAAGAUUUGAAGAUUAGAAGGUUCGCGUUGUCGAACUGCAAAUUGGUUGAUGGACUGUUUAUGAGGAUUUUUAGAAGCAUCGGCCGCGCAAAACACCUGCAAACAAUAACACUCAAGAACAACAAUCUAACUUUCAUCACAUUAAAGAAAUUAUUGCAACGGCAACCCCCGGUUCCGCAAAUAAAUCUUCAGGGUUGCCAGGACAUAUUUAAAUAUUCUCCCGAUUCCGACUUUCAAGUUUGGUUGCCAGCUAUAGAUUUUGGUAGAUGUAUACCAGAGAUAAAUGUGACGCCGGUUUCCAAAACUGAUGAAGAAAGGGAAAGCUUUAAGUCUUUUUCUAAGACUUGGUUGAAUUGUUUUAAAGGUAGAGGCAUGAUAGAACACUGUGAAGGGGGUGUUAUUAAAUUCACAGCUAGAUGAGAUAUAAUUGUGUGUACUAAGGUUGUAAGAUAAUUAUUUAUAUGAUAUAGAAUGAAAUAAUUGAAACUGUCUUAAUUUAUAUUAAGAGCGAGGCCCUACUUGUGCGUUGCGUCAUCGCCACGCAACGCAGCGCACCGGACGGGAGUGCGAGUCAAUUUAAAGACAGAUAUAUUUUUGUAUAUAAAAUAUUGUUUUCGUAAAUAUAAAUUUGCGAAACUCUACUUCAAAAUCUACCUCACUAAAAUAUCCCCAUUAUUCGUAAAACAUGUCAUAACUAUAAAUUAUAAUAAACAAGCUUCUGCCCACAGCUUUCCUCGCGUUUCCAUAGGAUACAAGGGAUAAAAUUCCAUCCCAAUCCAAUCAGUCGUUUUGAUAUGUGUGAGCAACAAACUUACGCACAAACUCACUAACUUUCGCAUUAAUAAUAUAAUUAUGUAAAAUCUAUGAAAACCGUAUGCGUCUGACGCGCCAUGCUAUAUUUCUGGCAUUAUUCAUCGCCUAUCCCAGCUAUAUCCUACUACAUGAGUCUUUUUCGAAGCUGUUUCUAUUAAACUUCUGAGUUCUACCAAGCCCACCAUACUUAUUUAAUUUCAAUUUUGUACCUUAUACAUUAUGUUAUAUGAAAUGAAAUGCCAGCAACCUGUUUACUAUAAAAAAAAGCUGUUGUACCUCUCAGAACCCACGAAUACUAGAUGUAAUUGUGCCUUAUAUUGUAAAACUAAGUAUUAUCAAUCUGUAAAUAGUAUAAUAAAAUUAUUGUUAUAUAAGAAAAGAACAAAACCAGUAAAAAGUUUAGCUUAAUUUAUUGGUUAGUUAAUUUAAAGGUUGUUUAUUUUUUUAGAUAUUUUCUACAAACUUAGUUUAAUUUAAUUAUGACCCUGAAUGAAUGAUGUAAAUAUUGUUUCUAUAAUAAAGAUUGUGACAUGCAA